AUGCCAAAUUUAACCUUAACCACCCCUGCCUCCCUAAUGGCAGCUGCCACCUGGUCCGCCAUGGUGGCCCAAAAACCCAAUGCCUCAGAUAUGGCCUAUCACUCAUAUAAUCACACAGUGCUACAUAAUGAACCAGGUCAUCAUCAUCCGGUAUUGGAUCUAAUGCCCUCGUCGUCGGCCCAUACCACCUCCGAACCAGCCAUACAAAUACCACGGGAACGUGAUGAUCUGAUAGAAAAUAAUUUUGUGCAAAUUUUCUUCUGUAUCCUCUAUACGACGGUGUUUAUCCUCGGGGUCUUCGGAAAUGUCCUGGUGUGCUAUGUGGUCCUGCGGAAUCGUGCCAUGCAAACAGUGACGAAUAUUUUCAUAACCAAUUUGGCUUUAUCGGAUAUUUUGUUGUGUAUCCUGGCGGUACCCUUUACACCGUUGUAUACCUUUAUGGGGCGAUGGGCCUUUGGCAGAACCCUGUGCCACUUGGUGUCCUUUGCCCAGGGUUGCAGUAUUUAUAUCUCCACGUUGACCCUAACCUCCAUAGCAAUUGAUCGAUAUUUUGUCAUAAUCUACCCCUUUCAUCCUCGCAUGAAAAUGUCCACCUGUAUAGCCAUCGUGAUAAGUAUAUGGGUCAUAUCGCUGCUGGCCACCCUGCCAUAUGGUAUGUACGUAAAGGUGGUCAAUGAUUAUGGGAAUAUGACGGAGGAUUAUCUGGCAGGGAAUGCUACACAAUUUAAUUUCAACAGCAGUUCCAGUUCGAAUUCCGCAGCCACCGCCGCUGCAGCUGCUGUUGUGGCCUCUUUGUCCUCCUCCUCACCCACGGUGCCGCUAAAUGUCUCCUAUUCACCACAACGGAACUAUGAUGCUUAUAUGCAAAUUGUAUCCUCAUCCUCGGCCGCUUCGACAGCGAGUAUGGCGGAAUCGGACAUGCCCAGCAGUUCCAUAAGCUAUUGUGAGGAGGAUUGGCCCACGGAGCGAUAUCGUAAGGUUUUCGGCUCCGUCACGACAAUUUUGCAAUUUGUCCUACCCUUCAUCAUCAUCUCCAUUUGCUACAUAUGGAUUUCCUUUAAGCUGAAUGCCCGAGCAAAGGCCAAACCUGGCUCAAAAUCAUCACGCAAAGAAGAAGCCGAUCGUGAUCGCAAGAAACGUACCAAUCGCAUGCUAAUCGCCAUGGUGGGGGUAUUUGGCCUCUCCUGGCUUCCUCUGAACGUGGUCAACAUUUUCGAUGACUUCUAUGAAAAAUCGAAUGAAUGGCGUUUCUAUACCCUGUUCUUUUUUGUGGCCCAUUCCAUUGCCAUGUCAUCGACGUGUUACAACCCCUUCCUCUAUGCCUGGCUGAAUGAGAAUUUCCGCAAGGAAUUUAAACAUGUACUGCCCUGUUUUAAUCCCUCCAAUAAUAAUAUUAUCAAUAUUACCCGAGGCUAUAAUCGUUCGGAUCGUAAUACCUGUGGCCCUAGAUUGCAUCACGGCAAUGGUGGCGCCGCCACCCGGGGCAGCAGCCUUGAAAAUGAUGAUCAUGAUGAUGGUAAUGCCAUAACGCAGGAUACCACCCUUACACACCCUAAGGAUAAGCUGUUGAUAAUACCGCGAGAGCCGACCUAUGGUAAUGGUCAUAAUGCUUUGUCACCCUGCCUGGAUCGUGGUGUCAAUGUGGCCCUUGUGCAGUGUAGUAAGCAAGUGGAAAUUCUGCUGAAUGACAAUGACAUACGGAAUCAUCGUUACGAUGACUUCGAUAAUGAAUCGUGUGAGGAGCAGACGAUUGAAAUGCGUUUCAAUGAGACCCCCUUCAUUAGUUCGGAUAACAAUACGACGAUCAGUAUUAUGGAGACGAGCACUAGCUGUGAUCGCAGUGGUGGUGGUAGCAGUGAGCGGAUGCAACGAAGUAACUGA